CUAAUGUGAUUGAACGCGACUACUAGUUUGUCUUCAGUUCGUUUCUGGUCGUACGGGCCAGCGUAGAACCGUUUUUAUUAUCACGACUGGGUACCGGAUGGAACGUUUAUCCGAGUCCACACAACUGGAACUUCAAAAAAGCAUUGCAGGUGUCCAGACCACAAUGAUGGGGAAGCACAGAGAGCGAGUGAUUUGCGGCCAAUGCAAGCGAUAGUCGGGGCAACCUUUGACCCUUGCGGUUUGCUCAAGGACUUGAGGGAAUGUUGAGACAUCCGGACGAGCCAGAGCAGAGGCGUCUAGGUGGUUCGGACGGCGACUGAAGGGAGGAGGAGGAGGAGGAGGAGGAGGAUCGACCGACGGGCGAGCCGGGAGGAAGACAUGGGCCAGUGCAUCACCAAGUGCAAGAACCCGACAUCCUCGCUCGGCAGCAAGAGCGGCGACAAGGAGAGCGGCUCCAAGUCCCACAAGAAAAGCGGCUGCAUGGGUAGCGCCGGAAGCCACAAGGAAGAGUCGAGCACGCCGUGCGGUAAGCCCGGCACCGAGCUGUCGAAUGGCACCAAGGCCCCGGAGGUUUCCGUGGAGACGCCCAUCAUCUCGGCCUUGAUGGGAGAACCGCUCAAGGAGGAGAGCCCGGACGGAGACGGGCUGUCCGUAAAGCACAUCGAGGAGCUUUUCUCCUGCUACAAGGACGAGCAGGAGGACGCCAUCUUGGAGGAAGGCAUGGAGAGGUUCUGCAACGACCUGUGCGUGGACCCCGCGGAGUUCCGCGUGCUGGUUCUGGCCUGGAAGUUCCAGGCGGCCACCAUGUGCAAGUUUACAAGGAAGGAGUUUGUUGAGGGCUGCAAGGCCAUCCAGGCGGACAGCCUCGAAGGCAUCUGCUCUCGCUUCCCGUCGAUGCUGCUGGAGGCGCAGGGCGAGGAGAACUUCAAGGACCUGUACCGCUUCACCUUCCAGUUCGGCCUGGACGCCGACGAGGGCCAGCGCUCGCUGCAGCGGGACAUCGCCAUUGCCCUGUGGCGCUUGGUCUUCACCCAGGACAUGCCCUCCAUCCUGGAGCACUGGCUGGACUUCCUGGGGGAGAACCCCCCGGGCAUCCGGGGGAUCUCUCGGGACACGUGGAACAUGUUCCUGAACUUCACGCAGGCCAUCGGGCCCGACCUGAGCAACUACAGCGAGGACGAGGCCUGGCCCAGCCUCUUCGACACCUUCGUCGAGUGGGAAUUGGAGCGCAGGAAAAGAGAGGAGGAGCCGGCGCCGGUCCCGGCGGACCGCGAGGACACGCCCACUGAGACGGAGCGUUCCCUGAGCACGAACCGGCUUCAGACCGAGGGUGGCCGCGGAUCACAGACGUGGGGGGGCCACUGAAUUUUGGCGACCAUCAGAUGAAAUUGAGUAUUGUCGUACAUCUGGUCAUUUCUGUUGGGAUGGGAUUCCUGCUUUGCAAUUUUUUUUUUUUUUUUUUUUUUUGAAAGGGCUCUAUGAACUGACAUUUUUAGCACUUCUAUUUAAAUUAUUGCUCUACUCCCUGCUGUGUUUUAGUUACAUUUUACUUGCACCGACCCACCGUGAUGCAGCCAACGUACCUGUCGAUAGCUUUGUUCAAAAAGGAGAAAAAAAACAAAGGGCUGUUACGUUUACCCCGUUCCUGUUUCACGAAUUACAGCGGUGCUUUGAGGUACAAGUUUUGUGGGGGAUCCGAUUUGUUGCUUUGACUUGUGAGCAAAAACUUGAAAUACCGGCAACUGCAUGGUGAAGUUAUUUCACAAUUGCAAAUACCAAGUUUUAAUUUACCGUCUAACUAAACCAAAAAUGACACUUUGUGUAUUUUUAAAACAGCCGUACAGCCUUUCAGUCCCACUAUCUUUAUGCUAAUUAGCAUUUAUGUUGUUGUGCUGUAACACAAACAGCACUGUCAUGUAAAAAUGACUUGGUGCAGUACUGAUGAGCUGAGAGGAGUUGAGAUAAGUCGGGCACAGUCUGUAUUGUGUUAUGCAGUAAUAAAAUGGUCAUUUGCUGUUAUGUUUUUUAAGUAGAAUAUUAUAAAGUACUACUUUCCCUUAUUAAAAUCUUUUGUUUUUGGAAAGAA